GUUUAGCUGUGAAAAUAAUCAUCAGUGUGUUAUCGAAGUGCUCGUGUCACGGUUUGUUUGAGGAAACGUCACAAAAUGUACGGCAUGUUAUUAGAAAGCGUACAACACUUCAUUCAGCUCGAGUACGGCGAGAGCGCCUGGCGCGAGGUGGUCCGGUUGGCCCGGUGCAAGUGGAUUGUGUUCAACACCCACCAGAUAUAUCCGGACGGGCUGAUGCCGGAGCUGGCGGCCGCAGCCGCAGAGCUGCUCACCGACCCGACGGACCGGCCCGGGGCGCGCGUCCAGCCGACCGCCGACGGGUUCAUGCGGUACUUCGGCCGGUGCUUCGUGCGGUUCUUCAGCAACCUGGGCUACGACGCGCCAAUCCGAGCCACCGGCCGGUACUUUUGCGAGUUCCUCAAGAACGUUGACAACCUGCACCUGCAGAUGCGGUUCGCGUACCCGAAGAUGAAGAGCCCGUCCAUGUACAUGUCGCACGUGGACCGCAACGGAUGCGUGCUCGUGUACCGGAGCACCAGGCGCGGGUUCACGCAGUACUUCAUGGGGCAACUGGACCAGAUCGCCGAGGAGGUGUACGACACAAACCUCAAGAUCCGCGUGCUGCAGUGUGAGAAGACGUCCACGGCCACGGUAUCCUCGCACCAGUCGGCGGUGGCGACUGCGGCGGCGGCGGCGACCGGCUUGCAGAACGUUCUCGUCAAGUACCGGUUAGACUUCGAUAACAGCGCGUUCGUCGACCAGCACGCGGCCGUUCAUACUUUCGACCGGUGUUUGCAGCUUCCGUCCAUACCCAUAGGGCUGCUGCUCCGGCUUUUCCCGUUCGGCGUCGUCAUCAACCAGGACAUACGUAUCAUGGACGCCGGCGAGAAGCUGCUCAGCGUGUGGGGUGCGGCCACGGCCGAUGAAGUCCGCGGCCACCUGUUGGUCCAACAUUUGGUGCUCAGGCGACCCAGGGACAUACCGUUCACAUGGACUAACUUGAUGUAUUUGGCAUCGGUGACCUUUGAACUUGAAGUGCUACGUGGAACACAUGCUACGAUGCCCGAAAAAAAACUCAACCCAACAAAAGGAGAAAAGAAAUCAUUAAGUCAGCUGCCGGCUACUUUGGAUAGAAGGGGUAGUUAUGGAUCACGGAGUAUACUUCUGAAAGGACAGAUGAGGCACUUCAAGGAGAUUGACGUGGUCGUGUUCUUAUGCAGUCCCGUAGUGAACAACUUGGAUGAACUACAGGCCAUGAGUCUGUUCAUGAACGACCUGAACUUGCAUGGAUUGAGCAGAGAGCUAGUACUGGCUGGCUGGCAACACUGUUCCAGAUUGGAGCUGAUGUUCGAAAGGGCGGAGCAAUGGUCGCAAGAUCUCGAAGACAACUACGAACAGUUGGAUAAAUGGAAACGCAAGGGUGAUUCACUGUUGUAUUCGAUGUUACCUAGGAGCGUCGCCGAUCAGCUACAAAACGAACAGAGCACGAUGAAUACGUGCAAGGCUUUUAAUUUGAUAUCUGUCAUGUUUUGUGAAGUCGAAGGGCUAAGACCACAAGCAACAAUAAAAGGAGUAAUGGAUGUCGUUGAAUGUAUGAACACCGUUUUUAGCUGCUUCGAUUCACUCACUGACCGAUUUAACGUUUACAAGGUGGAAACCGUGAACCAAGUGUACAUGGCCGUUAGCGGAGCUCCCGAGUACACAGGAGAGCACGCGCGCAACGUCACCGACCUGAGCUUAGAGUUUGCAGAAAACAUUAGAGACCUGCAGUUCCCGUGCAAUAUCCAGAUCCAGAUCAAAAUCGGCAUCCAUUCGGGUCCCGUCGUCGCUGGAGUGGUCGGCAUGAAAGUUCCACGGUACUGUCUGUUCGGCGACACCGUCAACACAGCGUCCAGGAUGCAAACCACCAGCCAGCCGGGAAAAAUUCAUAUAUCCGUCACGACCAAGCGACUUUUGCCGCAGAACUUGUACACGUUGACGUCGAGGGGACUUGUGACCGUUAAGGGAAAAGGUAAAAUGGAGACUUUUUGGGUCGACAGGAAACCCAGAAGCCCACAAACGGAAAAACGCCACAGUGUAUGAUCGUCUGCAUUUGAUUGUUUACUUUCAUUUUAUAAUAAUACUAUUAAUAUAAUAUACCAUGUCUAUUUUUAA